UUUAUAAGGAAAAAUGAAUGGAACGAGAGCAAUCGCACAAAGUUUACCAUGGAAUGAAAUGAGAGCAAUUGCCGCAAUCAUUCAUUCAGUACCUCCCUCUCAUUUACUCCCACGAGCAGUGCACCCGCUAUAUGUAUUCCGUGGGAUGGGAUCGCGAAUGAAAUCAGCAUCAUCCCCACGAAUCCAUGCCCGGGCAAUCAGCGAAGCACCGCAGCACAAGGAGUUUGACCCUUGACUUCGUCUUUCUUUCUUGUGACAUGCGCUUGAGUAUCCGCCCUUCUACGUUUCGUCCUCUUGUCUUUGGAUCCAAGCCUCAUCUUCUUCCCCGAGACUUCGGAGCAAUGAAAGCAAGGAAACUUUGUGGAAUUUCUCUCUCCCUUCUAAUAAUCAACAUGGCCGCGAUAAUGGAGCGUGCUGAUGAGAAUCUCCUUCCAGCUGUAUACAAAGAAGUCAGUGAAGCAUUUACAGCAGGGCCGUCUGACCUGGGAUACCUCACAUUUGCCAGAAACUUUGUGCAGGGAAUUGCAUCACCUCUGGCAGGUAUACUGGUCAUAAACUAUGAUCGCCCAACUGUACUUGCAAUUGGUAUAGUGUGCUGGGCUCUGUCAACAGGGGCAGUGGGUGCAAGCCGGUAUUUUAUGCAGGUUGUGCUGUGGAGAGCAGUGAAUGGCUUUGGACUGGCAAUCGUAAUACCAGCACUUCAGUCCUUCAUAGCUGAUAGCUAUGUGGAUGAGGCAAGAGGGACUGGAUUUGGGGUUCUGAAUCUUAUUGGGAUAGUUGGCGGCAUAGGAGGUGGAUCUAUUGCUACAGUGAUGGCUGGUUACAGCUUUUGGGGCCUUCAAGGAUGGCGUUGUGCGUUUAUCAUGAUGGCCACAUUGAGCUGCUUGAUAGGGUUUCUUGUCUUUACAUUUGUUGUUGACCCGAGAAAACUAGUUAGGAUUGACCAUGAUAGUACUAGAACUUCUGAAAGAGAUGAAUUAAUACAGAAGGGAAAUGCUAGUUCAAUGUCAAUUUGGGUGGAGUCUUGGACCGCCACAAAAGCAGUUAUGAAAGUGCCAACAUUUCGGUACAUCGUGCUACAGGGUCUGGUCGGCUCAAUUCCUUGGACUGCAAUUGUCUUCUUUACACUAUGGUUUGAAUUGAUUGAUUUUGGCUCACUUUUUCUAUCCGGUUGUCCAUCUUGAAGACCAUCUCCAGCUGUCUUUAGCCUGGUUGCCCUUAUUUCAGAUGAAGAGGAAGUCCAGUUUGCAAGGGACCAACUGGUUAGAUUUAAAAUGACCGGUUGUCUACUUGUGGGGGGUGUUUCUUAGAGUUCUAUAUCAGACGGAAAGAUAAAGAGAGAAUGGAUUUGAUCAUAACAGUGCAGCUACGCUCGUUGGGCUUUUUGCUGCUGGAUGUGCUUUGGGAUCCUUCCUUGGGGGAAUAAUAGCAGAUCGAAUAUCAAAAGCAUACCCUUAUUCGGGACGUAUCAUGUGUGCACAAUUCAGUGCUUCUAUGGGCAUCCCUUUCUCUUGGUUCCUUCUUCGAGUCAUUCCUCAAUCUGUAGCAAGCUACAAUACAUUUGCAGCAAUCUUAUUCCUAAUGGGGCUUACCAUAAGUUGGAAUGGCACUGCCACUAACGGUCCCAUGUUUGCCGAAGUUGUGCCUUCAAAACACCGCACCAUGAUUUAUGCUUUCGACCGUGCUUUUGAAAUAUCCUUCUCUUCUUUCGCCGCUCCCACCGUUGGUAUCCUUGCUGAGAAAAUUUAUGGGUAUGAUUCCAAAUCCGUCGAUCCGCUUCUAGGGUCUCCCCGAGAGGCCUAUGCGCUUUCAAGAGGCCUGUUUGCAAUGAUGGCAGUGCCAUUUGGUUUGUGUUGCUUGUUCUACACACCGUUGUAUUGGACUUUCAAACAAGAUCGUGAGAAUGCUAGAGUAGCCACUACAAAAGAAGCAGAGAUGUUAUGAUUUGUCAUACCAAGGAUCAUUGCUUGUCAUUCAGACAUGGAACGUGACGCCCCAGCCUGAGGCUCAGACACAAUGCUGGACUCGGUCUGUAGUUAGAUAUAACCGUCCUACAGUUCAACCUUUGUGGGCAUCCUGUUGUACACAUAGCUCAAAUACUUGUACAAUAGGUCUCCAACUUUCUCUGAUCUAACUUAUAUAAACUCUAUACAUGACAAUAAUUAGCUUCCAUUUCUGUGUACGAUUUUCCUUCAUUUCAUUCUUCUUAUGGCUUCAAG